GUCUUCUUCUUCUUCAGCUCGUUCACCACCGCCACGUGUGGGGCAGCUGGCGGGUACUUUACGCGCCUUUCCCUUCACCUCGUUCGGCUCCGAGGAGGAGGUGGGGGGGUUCUUCACGCGCUCUUCAAGUUCCCCGUCUCGUCGAGAGCGGCGGGACUUCAGCAAGCCCCCUGUUGCAUUUGUGGCCUAAACCCCACGGGACCCCCGGCUCUUGCCUAGAACCCGCGCCGAGCGAGGCUCGCCGAGGCCGGGGGCAGCGGGAGAGGCGUCGCGGGGGGUCCCGAGAGGGCGAGAGGGUACGCGUCCAGGUUCAUCACCUCGCACCGGUCGUCGUGAAGACCGAAGUCGUGAAGGAAGAAGAUGAAGAUGAAGAUGUGGCCGACUCAAGCUCCGAGCCCGGCACGGCACGUUCAUCCCCGCGUUUGAAAAGGGACGGAUCGUCCGACCUCUUGAAGCUCUGCCAAAGCCCAAACGGUCACAACAAAAUCAUGGAGAUCAGGAUUCAUCUCACGAGGUUACCCAGGUCUGUGAGUGAACUCCUCCAGUGCCGUGCGUCUUCCACCUCGCUCGGUACGCAUCCACCGCAGUGCCGGUCUGUGUUCAUCAAACGAGGGCACAAGUUGGGAGCGGAGGAGAAGCGGCGCCGGUUGAGAGAGAAGCAGUCGAGGCCGCUGCAACCGGCGGCCGAGCAUCGCGAAGGCAACAAGAAGAAGUGGGGAAGCUUCGUCUGCGCCAAGUGCGGCAAGACGUACCGAUACGCGGGCGGCUUGCGGAGGCACCAGCUGUCCCACGCGCCCGCGGGCGAGCGCAGCUUCGAGUGCGGCAAGUGCGGCAAAGCGUUCGGCAGCCAGUGGGCGGCAGUGCGGCACGAGCGCAACCACGGGGCCGAGAGGGUCUUCCGGUGCCCCGCGUGCCCCCGCGCGUUCACGCAGCCCGACAGCCUGGCGCGGCACGGCGCGGUGCACACGGGCACGCGGGCCUACGCCUGCCACCUGUGCCCCAAGGCUUACACGCAGUCGGCAACGCUGCACAAGCACCUGCGCUGGCACUCGGGCGCGAGGCCCUUCGUCUGCGGCCGCUGCGGCCGGACGUUCGCGCGGAGCGACGUGCUCGCCAAGCACGCUCGCACCCACACGGGCGAGCGGCCAUACCUGUGCCACGAGUGCGGUCUGCCGUUCGCGCGGGCCUUCACGCUGGACGAGCACGUGAAGCGCAUGCACCCGCAGCCGCGGCCGGAGUUCGAGCCGAGGACGAGCGGGCAGGACGGCGCCAAGAGGUUACGUGGGAAGGCACGCCAGGAGCGAGACGGGGUAGACGCACGUAAGAAGAGGGAAACACGAGUACGGGGGGAGACCGCGGGGAGCGAGAGGGGAGACGGAGGUAUGGGACUGGAAGACCACAGGGAAGGAGAGCGUGGAGACGCCGGGAGGUGUGGAAAUGGGAGACCGUGAUGGAGAAAACGUGGAGAGGGGAGAAACAGGAUGGAGAGACACGGGGAGGGGAGGCAGAGAUGGGACACUUGGAGACAUGGGGAGAGACAUGGACAGGAGAAAUAGGAACAUGGAUUAGAGUACACUCAGGUCAAAGACAAUGACUUAAAGUUAGUGGGCUUGGACAGAACACAGCCAGAAGAGGUGAUGAUGGCUAAUGGUCGAGACCACCCAAGAUAUGCCAGAGAGGACGUUCGUUGCGGAGAUGGAGCAAUGCAGAUGGCUCCUGUACAUGGAGCGACAUGCUCACCAAGCUGAUGAAUUGACAUUUUGUAUCACCUGGACCAGAGAUGAUGAUAGUGUGGCCAGGGAGGGGGUCAUCUAACAGUGGAUAGGUCAUGUCUAAUUUACUGUUCUUCCUUGAAUUACUUUAUCUUCCUAUGGUUGAGGUACGCAUGUUACUGCGACCCCCUGCUCUGUAAUAUUGAAUUUGGCUGAAAAUGUUAAUGGUAACUUCGUGUUAAUGCAGUCCCUUUCCAUUGAUAUUUUAAGCCAGUCCUAUACUUGAGUUGACAAACAAAUAGUAUCAUUCUU